AUCAGUGGAAGACUUCCCGUGGUGGACAUCACCACUUCAAGGAAAGGACUUUCUCCAAGUCUGUGAAUACCUUCGACAACAAUCACAUGCAAUGCCUCUUCUUCAUCUGAUGACAUCUACCAACCCUAAAAUGGACUGGUGCAACACUUUGUACUUUAACUAUGGACAUAAUGUGACUUUUAAUUUUGAUUAUACAUUGUCUCAGUUCAAUGACUAUUUUGCUAUAUAUAAGGCAAAUAGGUCUAGAUCUAAUGGUUUUUUUCCUGACGUUUAUCAAAUAUGGGAUGAGGUUAUGUGGCUAACUCAUGAAAAAGGACGUUUAAUAUCUACUGCCCCUAUAUGCUGGGAACAAACAGAGCCAUCCCCAAAAGUCAGCCAACAACUUAAUUACAAUGAUUGGAAACAAUUGGGAUUUUUGCCUCAGGAAAUAUGCAACGUAAUCAUUCCCGUGGUUUCCAACCCCAGUUCAGGUUCUCCCUUUGUGUGGCCAGGCACUAAUUGGGACUGGAUAUCUCAGUCAUGCUGGCUUGCUCCAAAUGGGACUUAUUGGAUAUGUGUCUCUUACCUAUGGGCAUGGCUUCCCUCUGGUUGGAUAGGGAGAUGCACCCUGGGUCUAGCCUUCACUCAUGGCUUUAUAUUUUCAGAGCUCCCAGAAAAGCCUGCUAAUUUACCCCACCUUAAAACUCGGUGGGCAAGGUCUGUAUUUCACUGGUAUGAUUAUUUGGCUGCAGCCUUUGUUCCCUCUUUGGGAACUACAGAUGUUAUGCUACAAGUGGAUAUUUUGACUAAUUUUACUCAACAGGCAUUACAAGAUUCUCAAAAGGCUAUUUCAGCUCUUAAUGCUGAACAAGCACAAAUUAGAAAGGUGGUUUUACAAAACAGAUUGGCUUUAGAUAUUCCGACAGUUGCGCAAGGAGGAAAGUGUGCUAUUAUUCAUACCCAAUGCUGUACAUAUAUACCUGAUAUGAGCAUGACUGUUACUCAUUUUGCUAAACACAUGAACAAGAUGAUUGAGGCCAUGGAUACUCCUGAAGCCUCAAUUGCUUCACUUUGGGAGAUGUUAACUAGUUCCCCAUGGUGGACAACUAUCUUAAUUACAAUAAUUCUGAUUGUUUUGUUUUUUAUUGUUUGCUCCCUGCAUCUGUAACUGUAUAACUGGAUUUGUUUCUAGUCGCAUGAAAGCUUUCAAGUUACAAAUGGUUGCUCAAACUCCUGCUACUGCUGCACCUUCCUCCAACUACUAUUUGGGGCCCCUGGAUCAGAUAUUCUCA